CUCAUAUACAAACUAUUCCCACUCACGAACACACAUCAUCAACAAUGCCGCAUGACGUUAAACAAAAAGACGAUAAAUGUCAUAAAGAAGCUUGUGAAAUACAAACAUGUCUCUCUCAACAUAACUAUAAUGAACAAAAAUGCGAAGACGUGAUCAAUAAAUUUCGAGAAUGUUGUUAUAAACUGAGUGAGAUUGGCGGACAGAGUGUUUCUUGUUCUGGUGUAGUGCGAAAGAAGAAACAAGUAAACAUUGAAGAAUGA